UAUAAAUAAUCGCUCAAUUCAACGGAGCCAAACCCACACAAGAAAUCUCACCCAAAAAAAAAAAACCAACCAAUCAAAAACCAAACCAUGGCGCGCCACCGCCACCGCCUCGCCGCCGCCGCGGCGCUCCUCCUCCUCCUCCUCUCCUCCGCCGCCGCGCUGUCGUCAUCGGCGGCGGAGGGGGAGGAGGACCCGCUCAUCGAGCAGGUGGUCGGCGGCGGGGAGGAGGAGGACGCGCAGCUGGACGCGGAGGCGCACUUCGCGAGCUUCGAGCGGCGGUUCGGGCGGACGUACCGGGACGCCGGCGAGCGCGCGUACCGGAUGUCCGUGUUCGCCGCCAACCUCCGCCGCGCGCGGCGGCACCAGCGGCUGGACCCCACCGCGACGCACGGCGUCACCAAGUUCUCCGACCUCACCCCGGGCGAGUUCCGCGACCGCUUCCUCGGCCUCCGCCGCCCAUCCCUGGAGGGCCUCGUCGGCGGGGAGCCGCACGAGGCCCCCAUCCUCCCCACCGACGGCCUCCCCGACGACUUCGACUGGCGCGAGCACGGCGCCGUCGGCCCCGUCAAGGACCAGGGUUCGUGCGGAUCGUGCUGGUCGUUCAGCACGUCGGGGGCGCUGGAGGGGGCGCACUUCCUCGCCACGGGGAAGCUGGAGGUGCUCAGCGAGCAGCAGAUGGUCGACUGCGACCACGAGUGUGAUGCAUCAGAAUCGCGCGCAUGCGACUCAGGAUGCAACGGUGGCUUGAUGACCACAGCCUUCAGCUACCUCAUGAAAUCCGGUGGCCUACAGAGCGAGAAAGAUUACCCGUACGCUGGACGAGAAAACACCUGCAAGUUCGACAAGUCCAAAAUCGUUGCCCAAGUAAAGAACUUCAGUGUGAUCUCCGUCAACGAAGAUCAAAUUGCUGCCAACCUCGUCAAACAUGGCCCUCUUGCAAUUGCAAUCAAUGCGGCCUACAUGCAGACAUACAUCGGCGGCGUGUCGUGCCCCUUCAUCUGUGGGAGGCACCUUGACCAUGGUGUCCUCCUUGUUGGCUACGGAUCGGCAGGAUACGCACCGAUCCGCUUCAAGGAGAAGCCGUACUGGAUCAUCAAGAACUCGUGGGGCGAGAACUGGGGGGAGAAGGGGUACUACAAGAUCUGCAGGGGACCUCAUGACAAGAACAAGUGCGGUGUUGAUUCCAUGGUCUCCUCAGUGACUGCCAUCCAUACCUCCAAAAAGGAGGAGUAGGAUAGGAUUAGUCUCCUCUUUGUCUUUGCAUACCACACACUUUGUAAUUUGCUCUUUUGUGGUUGAAACUGUUAGUGGUUAGGACCAUUCUGUGGUGUUGCUCGAUUGCUAUUUAUGAUCAGCAAAAACUGUGAAAACUUCCUUUACUUGAUGUAAUAGUACAUAUUUGUUCGGAUCAUUACAUAGUGUUUGGACACAUGGAAAUGGCUGUAACUGUGACAAUGCAUAUUAGUAUAUAUAAUCUGGUGAAGCAUUCAACAUUUGCUGAGAA